UUUUUUUCUUCGCUUUACCUUCGUAUUUCGCAAAACUUAAGAAUAAAAAUGUCCAAACAAUUUUUUUCAAAAUUAAGUCAAAAUUAUAUUGAAGUUUUAGAAGAUAAUGAGUAUUAUGAUAUUACUAUUGAAGUUGGUGAAGAUCCAAAUGUAAAAAUAUUUCGUGCACAUAUGAUUAUUCUUUGUUAUCGUUCUCCAUUUUUACGACGAAUUUUAGCUUCCAAAAAAAUGAAUAAUGAUGGUACCUUGGUUCAUAUUAAGUUCCCAAAUAUUUCACCAGAAAUUUUUCAGAUUAUUUUAAAGUAUGUUUAUGGUGGUAUAAUUUCAUUAAAUGAGAAAGAACCUUCGGAGAUUUUAAGAGUAUUAACCACUGCUGAUCAACUUUGUCUUCAAGAAAUAGUUGAUUAUUUACAAGAAUAUUUAAUUAAUAAUGAGUUUGAAUGGAUGGAACAACAUUUUGGACUUGUUUAUCAAAUAGGUUUUCAAUCUAAUUCUUUAUUAGAAAUUCAAAAUUUUUGUACAAAUUGUAUGACUAAAUCUCCACAAAAAAUAUUCAAAUCAUUUGAUUUUACUUUACUUUCUGAAAAAUCUUUAAUUUCACUCAUUAAAAGAGAUGAUUUACAAAUGAAAGAAAUAGAAGUUUGGGAAUACGUAUUAAAAUGGGGUCUUGAAAAAAAUUCUACACUUCUUCCAGAUCCUACAACUUGGUCAGACGAUGAUUUCAAAACGAUGGAAAAUACUUUACAACAUUGUUUACCUUUGGUUAGA